UGUAGUUAGUGGUGACAUGUUAUCGUAAACAUACAUGGAGUCUGUUAACCCACGUGGGUUCUCUUAAACACAUAUUAUUGGAAUUUGCCGUUCCACCAAUGUAAUUGUUUAUAAUGGAGCAUGAAAGAGCAAAGAAAUUAUGUUUGAAUGUGUGACAGGAGGAUGUUGCAUGCGCAAGUACAUUGCCUGCAAAGCUGUGUAGGCUGUUAUCGUGGAUUUUCACGUGUACGUCAAGAAAUACUUGUGAAACGGUGCUUAUCGGUCAUGGCGAAAAGUAGAUUCGAGUAUGUAAAAAAAUUUGAAGCGAAUGACAGUUGUCUGCCGAACUGCUGGAUAGUGGUUAGAAUUGAUGGGAAAGAUUUUCACAGGUUUACGGAUGCUCAUGGUUACGAAAAACCUAACGAUGUUCGAGGACUUAAUCUUAUGACUGAAGCGGCAACUUAUGUAAUGAAUCAGUGGAAAGAAAUAUGUAUAGCUUAUGGACAAAGUGAUGAGUACAGCUUUGUCUUUAGGAAAGACACCACAUUGUUCAACCGCAGAUCUUCAAAGCUUAUGAGCAUCGUAAACAGUUUAUUUUCGUCGGCAUUUGUUUACAAUUGGGGAAAAUGUUUUGGUUCAGUUCCAUUACAGUACCCACCUUCAUUCGACGCACGGGUUGUGCUGUAUCCGUCCGACGAUAAUCUUAAAGAUUAUUUGAGCUGGAGACAGGCAGAUGUUCAUGUGAAUAACCUGUACAACACUGCUUUCUGGUCACUCGUAUUAAAAAAGGGGAUGACUAAUACAGAGGCAGAGGAACGACUACGUGGUACUCUCACCGCAGAUAAGAAUGAGAUACUCUACUCAGAAUUUGGUAUAAACUACAAUAAUGAACCUCCAAUGUUUCGUAAGGGUACAGUAUUGCUCAGGAAGCUGAUUAGAGUUGAAGAGGGUGGAAGACCUCGCAAAGUUGUUUUACCAUUUUGUAUAGAUAUAAUUGGAAAACAGUUUUGGGAUGAAAAUCCUGAAAUACUGAACUUUCGUGAACUUCAGAUAUGUGACAGUGGCUGUGAAUCUCAAAAUUCUGUUUCUAGAGAAGCUCCCAAAAACUCUGUUUCCUGAAGACAGCAGAAAUAUUUAUGACAAAUUGUAAUAUAUUUUCAUCACAUUUUAUGUGCUUUUAAUAAAAGACAUUGCAGAUUUGUAA